AUGCUGCAUGGGCUGGACCUGCUGCGCAAGCAGUACAUCAAGUAUGCGGCUACGGCAGGCCAGGGCCACUCCCCUGAAGACACGAUCAAGGCACUUGCAGAGAAGCUUGAGGACCCGGCUGGUGCGCGCGAGGACCGCCGUGCGGCCCUUCUCUCGCUCAAGUCCCUCGUGCGAAACCACGCAGACCUCGUGAGUGCGCACGCCCUCGUGCCACUGGUUCGGUGGAUCCAGGUAGGUGAGAAGGACGAAGACAUGCUCCGCUCCGCAGUCGAGUGCUGCCUGGCGCUCUGCCAGGUGCCUGAAGACCCUAAGGGCCGCGCGCGUGCCUUGGACAACAUGGCUCGUCUGCUCGCCGAGAAGGACUCGCUCCUGGCGCUAUUGUCUCUCCUCUCGACGGAUCACUCAUUCUACACACGCUUCGGUGCGCUGCAGUGGCUUGUGUGUAUUACCGAACACCGCCGUGCAGAGGUGCAAGAGUACGUGCUCACCGCGCCUGGCGGCUGCAGUGCUGUGCUACAGUGCCUGGAGGCUGCGCCCUCGUCGAGCACAGAGAUUAUCCGCAAUGAGGCCUUGCUGCUUCUUCCCCAGCUCGUGAAAGACAGCGUGGAUAUUCAGAAGAUCGUUGCCUUUGAGGGUGUCUUUGAGCGUCUCCUGGACAUCGUCGCCCAGGAGGGCCGCAUCGAGGGCGGUGUCGUGGUGCAGGACGCACUCGAGGGUCUUGAGGCGCUUCUUCUUCACAAUGUCUCGAACCAAAACUACUUCCGCGAGACGCUGAGCAUACCCCUUCUCGCACCGCUCCUAUUCUACCCGCCGCCCCUGCCGCCCCAGGCGCCCGAGGGAGCCGCGCAUGAGCGCACGCAGCAUGUGCAGGCAUUCCUACUACAAGAGUGGGACGAACAGAAGCUUAUCAAUGCGCAGAUUCUCAUGCGCUGCAUCGGGCACUUGGUCGAUGGCCAGGGCGAGGGCCACCGCGCAAACCAGUGGGCGAUGUGCAACGCUGGCCUCGUGGAAGCUCUGGUCCAGCUGGUGCUGGCAAGUUUGGCACCGCCUGUGCUCAAGGCGCAUGCUUUGCACGUACUGGCAGCCCUAUUGCACGGCUCGCGCCCCGUGCAGGACCUGAUGAGCAACAUGGUCGUUACUCCCGUGGCGCUGAUCCAGCAUCCCGAACCCGGCGAGGGCCAGCCACCGAUGGAGCUGUCGUGGCAGGCUCCCCAGCCAGCGAUGCUCUCCCUGAUUGCGCUGGUGCUACGGGGACCUGGCAGCGCCUCGGACGACCAGCUGUCGCUCGCGGUGCGCUGUGCUGCCCUCCAUGCCUUUGAGGCACUCGUCGAGCAAAACAUGGAUGUGCGCAUGACGCUGUGGCAUGCCUUUGUGGCUGCGCCUCUUCCUGAACAGACUCACGGCAACGCGUCGCAAAUUCUCCUCGACUCGGUGGUGCAUCUGCCUACGACGUCGCUGGUAUCGCAUGCCAAGACCUCAGCGUUUGACCCGUACCGUUAUCUGUUUGCAUCGACGCUGCUGAGCUACCUGCUGCAGGGCAGCGACACAUCCAAGGAGUUUGCGCGACGAGUGCGCCUCAAUGACGAGGGCCGUUGUGUCGCUGACGCCACGGUGCCGACGACCGAUGAUGACGAGCCUGCCACGCUGAUCCAUGUGGUCGUGGGCAACCUGGCCAUGGCGCUGCGCGAGCACGGGGAGGCCGUGCGCCGUGAGCGCGCCGCGCAAGCUGGUCUGCCCAACAGUUCCGAGGACUGGACCAAGAUCAUCGUGGGCUACCUUGUCCUCCUGAGCCUGUGGCUGUGGCAUAGCCCGCCGAGCAUCCAGGACUUUGUUUCCGAGAGCGCCAACCUGCAGGUGCUGGUGCAGCCAGCGGCGCAAACGACCGGUGUAGACCCCCUCAUCCAGGGCCUCUCGGCGUUUGUGCUCGGCACUGCGUACGAGUUCCAUACGGCGACGGACAGCGAUGUGCCCGAGGGUGCACUCACGCGCCAAACCAUGCAUCCUAUCCUGCAUACACGUAUCGGCGCUGACCAGUUCAGCACACGUAUUCUCUGCGUGAAGAGCGAUCCGCGUUUUGCGUCGUGCACGCCUGACGUGCUGGAGAGUGUCCUUACGGAAUCGCACUCGUCGAUUUGGUUCACGUGGUCGUUCGUCGAGUUCUGGAAGGACAAUUAUGUGCGCGUGCAAAAGUCCAUCCUCGUUGACCCAAGCAAAUCCUCGGCAUUGGAGGCUGAGGCACCUGCCGAGCUCUUGGAUGCGCGGCAGCGCAUCCUGCUGCUGCAGACGGAGCUUGCACGCGCGCAAGCCGAGGCCGCCCUUGUCGAGGGCCUCCGUGCUGACCUUGCCAAGGCGCGGGAGGCCGCAGAGCUGGCCCACCAGGAGCGUCAGGCAGCCAAUGUCGCCCAUGAUGCCUCGAAGAAGGAGCUCGAAGCGGCCCAUGCCGCCCAUUCUGCGGCCCAGAAAGAGGGAGAUGCACGCUAUGCUACGGCCCAGGCCGAGCUCCAGCACGUGCGGGAAGAUCUGCGGAACACCCAGGCUCAGUUGGACGCGGCUCUGCAAGAGGCCCAGCGCGCUCCCGUGGCCGAGGCGCCUCCGGCAGCGCCCGUGGAAGACGCCAUCACAGUGCGGGCCCUGGAGGCCACGCGUGAAGAGCUGGCUGCCGCUCAGACGCACGCUGCGCAUCUGGAGGAGGCCAUCGAAGGCAAGUCGGAACUGAUCCAAGCCUUGGAGGCCCAGCUCGCCGCGGCAGAUCGUGCCGCGCAAGAAGCGCGCAGCGAAGCGGAGACAGCCAAGGCGGCCGCGCAAGAAGCGCAAAGCCAAGCUGAGGCAGCCAAGGCGGCCGCACCUGCGUCUUCCGACACACUCACGGAGCAACUCGCCUCGUUGCAGACAGAAAACGAGGAUCUCCUUGUUCUCUUGGAUGAUAUCAUGGAGAAGCGCAAGCAGGAGAAGGCAAGAAUGCGCGAGGCCGGCUGGGAUGUGAGCGACGACGAAAGCGAGGGCGAGGGCGAGGGCGACGAGUAA